AAAAGAGGCGCACUUUGGGUAAAGUGGUGUGUUUAUCAUAUGUCAACACUUUUAUCUCUAAGAGUGAUUAACAACUGUUUUCUCCUUUCACAACGCCCUAAAACGUUGUCAUGCCAACACAGCCGAAGUUUUAAAAGUUUUGUCAAAAAGUUUUGUAAGAAAAUUUACAAACCUAUUUAAAAGGUUGCGGAAAUGUAAUAGUUCAGUCUCGCAACAGUCCAUUCCUUGAGUACAAGCUCACCUCCAGCUCCUUCUACCAAAUGUAACGACCCUCCGAAAUGACUAAAUUAUGUCUUUUCCCUUUGUGGAGAAUAUGACCCUCGCAACUGACUUACUUACAACUUUUCCCUCUGCGGAGAAUAUGACCCUCCCAACUGACUUACUUAUAACUUCUCCCUCUGUGGAGAAUAUGACCCUCUCAACUGACUUACUUAUGUCUUUUCCCUUUGUGGAAAGUAUGAUCCUCUCAACUGACUUACUUAUGUCUUUUCCCUUUGUGGAAAGUAUGACCCUCUCAACUGACUUACUUAUAACUUCUCCCUCUGUGGAGAAUGUGACCCUCCCAACUGACUUACUUAUAACUUUUCCCUCUGUGGAGAAUAAGACCCUCCCAACUGACUUACUCAUAACUUUUCCCUCUGUUGAGAAUAUGACCCUCGACACUGACUUACUUAUAACUUCUCCCUCUGUGGAGAAUACGACCCUCCCAACUGAUUUACUCAUAACUUUUCCCUCUGUGAGAAUACGACCNCUCCCAACUGACUUACUCAUAACUUUUCCCUCUGUUGAGAAUAUGACCCUCGACACUGACUUACUUAUAACUUCUCCCUCUGUGGAGAAUACGACCCUCCCAACUGAUUUACUCAUAACUUUUCCCUCUGUGGAGAAUACGACCCUCCCAGCUGAUUUACUCAUACCUUUUCCCUCUGCGGAGAAUAUGACCCUCUCAACUGACUUACUCGUAACUUUUCUUUUUGUGGAGAAUAUGACCCUCCCAACUGAAUUACUUGUAAUUUUUCCCUCUGUGGAGAAUACGGCCUUCCGAACUAACUCUUACCGUAUCGUCACUUUUUCCUCUGUGGAGAAUAUCGCCCUCCCAACUGACUUACUUAUGUGUUUUCCCUCUGUGGAAAAUAUGACCCUCCCAACUGACCGGCUUAGUUAUGUCUCUACCCUGUGUGAAGAAUAUAGCCCUCCAAACUGCUGGGCUAAUUGGGAACACUAUAAAUCGAGAAACGAAUAUAGUUGUAAAUAGAACUGAAAACAUUACUUAAGUGUACCAAGAUGGAUCAGCUUACACGUGGUACCCGUUUUUGCAACGCUUCUUUCCCCCUCCCCUCAAAAGACGUGACUGGAAAGGCUGCCAAAUCCGAAGUAACAAGUGUCGUCACUUUCACAACUUUACUGUAUUGUAGAAUACCGUUGUGAAAUCUUUGAUCAAAGGAUCACAAAAACAGAAUUCCAAAUGUACUCAUGUAUUCCAGUUCGAGAGCAAAUAUGAAUAUCGUGACAUACACAAGAUGUAGCUGGAUGUUUAUGUUCAAUAUUUAUCAUGAUAACCGACUUGACUGAUGGCUGUGCAUUGACUGCUGGUCACGCGAUCGGUAUACUGAUGUGUUCAAGAACAAUCUGAAUAGUUUAUCAAAUGACUCACUCCCGAGGACUCAAGGAACAAUCCUUAAUAAAAAAAAAAA